CAAGAUCAAGAUCAGUAGAAGCCUUGAGAGGUGAUAAGACAUGGAGCACCUUUAGGAAAAAACUCACAAGAGCCACACGUAGGUACAAGAUUAGUCUUGAGAGAAUGGAUGAUGCAAGAAUAGCAAGGAAGAUGUAGUAAGGCUUUGGAAUGAAAGUGGAAGCAAAUGGAGGAAGAGGUGCAUGAGAAUGACAGACAAGAGUGGAUUACAAGUUGUGUGGGCGAUGAGAAUGGCAGGGAAGAAUCAAAAUGAGCGUGAAUGGGUGGUAACAAGAGGAGGCAGAGCGGGAGCUGAAUGGGAUGUGGGAAAAUGGAAGAAUGAGGUAGAGAAGUGAAAUGUGUGGGACAGAAUGAAUGGAAGAAUGAGAUGGAAAGAAAGAAGACCCUGGAAUGGUACAAGGAGAAAGAGGCCCCGAGGUAUGAAAGGUGGUAUGAUGGAAGCCUGGGCGGUGAUCUCCUCCGAGCGAGGAGUAUGGAUGUGUAUGGAUGUGAAUGCAAGGAUUUACUGAUGGUCUGAGUCCUACAGCAAAGUGUGCCAGAUGUGUGACAUGGGAGAGGAUGAGACGGUGGAACAUGUGGUGCUGGAGUGUGUGAAGUAUGCCAGAGACAGGUUGAGAUGAUACAAGUGAUACUGACUGAGGGCAUGAUAGGAAUGAAAGAGUGGAGAAGACGGGAAAGGAAUGGAUGGUGUUGCUGGGACUGUGUAGAGAGGCGAAUGAAAGGAUGAUUGAGGCGGUAAAAGAGUUUCUGGAGAGAAUGUGGCAUGCUAGAUGUAAGAACAAUUAGUGUAGAGGGUGCUGUUCGUUUCUCUUUUUUCCCUACUACAGGAGUUGCCGAUCCAAAGGCAUGGCUUAGGAGUGAUCCCGAGCCACCUGUACCAUCAAGAUCAAGAUGGCAUCAAGUACCACAGCAGUGAGAAAACAGCCUUCAAGUGAUGGUGGGCAUGGUGUGCUGGGAAAUGACUCGUCAAUCUGUAUGAGACAGCAGUCACUCAUACUCAUACAGGAUUUGAGUUCCUGACAACUUGGAAGAUGAGGUGGAAAUGGUGGAGCACUUUGUGGAAGAGUUCAAACAUCGAUAUGGUGGAUCACACUUGCCAGCAUUCAAAAAAGAUACACUGGAAAAUGUCAUACUCAAAGCUAAAAAUUGUUCCCCAAGAGAGAAGAAACCACUUGCCAUAUACAUGCAUCAUGACAGGAAUGAGAACUUCUGUUCAGAGGUGCUUUGUUCCAAUUCUGUUGCUGCAUAUUUAAAUGGAAACUUUGUGGUGUGGGGAUGGGACCUCACAUCCAGCAAGCAGAUACACAGAGUUAUAAAGCCAAUACGUGAAUACGUGAGUUACUCGCUGUCAAUGAAGAUAAAGGAUGCAGGGGACAACCAGCUGCCACUCUUGUUAACUAUCUGCUGCACCAGCUGGGGCCCUGAGGUUCUCUCUUAUAUAUAUAGUACUAGUUGUGUGAGUGAUGUCAUGAACUGCUUGAUGAUAAACAAAAUGGUGUUUGAUGACAACCUUUCCACUGAACUACAAAAGUUAGAAGAAUUGGAAUGCAAGAGGACUGCUUCCUGGAGUAUUCCAUGGAAAUGUGAGACUGAUGCAACAUUGGAACCAUCCAAGGAGCACAAAGCAAAGCUGAGGCUGGAAGAAAAACAACAAAAGGAAGUAGAGGAGACCAGGAAAAAGGAACUGGUUCAGGCCAUCAGCAGUGGAGAUAUGGAUACAAUCCAGAAAAUCCAUGACCAGGGUGGAGACCUAACAAUAUUAGUGCAGGCAGUCCACCAAGGAAAUGUGAUUUGGUGCUUAGUGACUCAGGCAGCACAUAAUGGCCACACCCACCUACUUCUGCCAUUACUGGAUGCUGGACUCAGUGUGGAUGGGAACCGCCAAGAAAACUCUCACUCCUCUGAAAAACACACCACCUCCUGGACACCCCUUAUAGUUGCUGCCCGCCAAGGCCAUGUCAGGAUGAUUGAGGAAUUGCUCUUUUAUGGUGCAAAUCCUCUUGCAAAGGAUCAACAAGGAGCUACUGCCCUCCACCAUGCUGCAUUUUGUGGCCAUGUUACUUGUGUUGAUGUUCUGAUCUCCUGCACCCCAACUACCAUUACUGACAAUUCUGGCCGCACCCCUGUUCAUGCUGCUUGUCUGAGAGGUCAUCUGCCAGUGAUUAAAUUGCUGGCAGAAUCAGGGUGGAAACUUGAUGUUGUAGAUGAGGAAGGCAACACAGCACUCCACUUAAGUGCCUGGUAUGGUUCACUGGAGGUGGUAAAGUACUUGUACAAAGCAGACUCCAAGAUCAACCCUUACAAGAAGAAUUCUGAAAGACUCACACCAUUUGACUAUGCAGUACGUGAAGGUCACCACCAUGUUGAAAAAUGGUUUAUGAAGGUGCGAGGCAGCCACUCUAUGGAUCUCACCCAUACUCAGUACCUCAUAAAAUCUCAGAACAAGUAUUCAGAAGAUCUUUUUAAGACUGCAAAGAUGUGGUUGUCAGCAGAUAAUAUUGAAGGAAUAGCAAACCUGUGUUUUAUAAAUGAUCCCCACUGGAUGGACAAGAAUGGCAUGACUAUUCUCCACUUAGCUGUGACAGAAACUUAUUGCAGUCUACUUUGCACUGCUAAGCUCUUGGAUGGUAUAAUUCAUCCUCAUGUGGUGACCCUUGAAGGCUUCACACCACUAGAUUUGGCAAGGCUGGAAUUUAAAAAGUCAGGAUUUAACAGGCAGAGAAAAAUCAUCAAAAUUCUUGAGGAGCAUCAGUGUCCCAAAGAAGAUGGUUCUCCUGAAGAGCUCUAUGAAAAACUGCUAACAAUCAUCAGUGAAGGGGACAGUGUGGAGGCUGUGUCCCAUCUGCUUUGUGCAGGUGCCCCAAUGGAGCUGGUGGGGAACUUUCCCAACUCAGCCUUACAGUUAGCCAUCACCAAUGACUGCCCCAGGAUUGUCAGCAUCCUACUGGCAUCAGGAGCAUCCCUCACCCCACGUACUGAAGGACUCAAUUUGUUGCAGCAGGCCUGGUACUCCGCCAACACUACUUCUAAGGUUUUUUGUGCCAUUAACAAUGCCUUCUCAAGGCAGUUGAAGAGAGAACGAGACCGCUUACCCCGGCAUACCAAAGGGCUUCGUGAAGAUCUUGCCAAGCUGAUAGCAAGUAUUGAUGGAGAUAAACCAUGGGAAGCCUGCUGGCAGAGUGGAAGAACAAUGGCUAAACUGACCUCAUUUAUGGUGACAGCUGUGCGUGCCAACUGUCCACUCACAGCAGGUUUUUUGCAGUGGGCCGGGGCAGGGGCAUUUUUUAGUGCGUCUAGGAAAACUACUCCUUUGCAUGCUGCCUUGGAAGAAGGUAAUCUCAGCUUAACAGAGACACUGAUACGGGAUCUUGGUGCAUCACUGUACAUACCAGAUGCUCGUGACCACUUUCCAAAGGACAUAAGUAACAUGACCCCUGCUCUGCUGGACAAACUAGAAAGACAAAUGUAUGAGAGGGAGCAGAGGCAUCUUGAGGCCCUAAAGGAGCACAAGAAGGAUGAGAGUGAGAAGCAGAUGGUGCAGGCAGUGUUAGACCUUCAGAAAGAACUCUUCAACAAACACACCACCAACUCCACAGAUGCAAUCUUUUCAGGAAUUGGAGCCUUAAAUGACAAUGUCCAAGAAACAGUUGCCUAUGCUCUGUUGGUGGCCUCCAGGAGUGGCCUCCAACAGCUGUUGUACUUGAUGCUCACUGUGGCACACCUCCCUGCUGACCUGGUAGUGGAUGUUACUUCCAAUACUACAGCUCUGCAUGAGGCAGCUGCCCAUGGGAAGUCUGGAUGCAUUGCCCUGCUACUCAGUAUCCUAAACAAUGCUGCCAGGGCCAGUGAGCAUAUUGUUUCUGAGCUCCAAGCAUUUGCCACCAAAAAAGAAUUGAAGUUAAAGAGGUUAAACCGGUAUAGCCCACUUCAACCUGAUAAGUAUGGUCAAACAGCUCUCCAUUUGGCAGCAAUGUUUGGUCACAAACACACCUUGGAAUUUUUGCAAGAAAAUGUGAGGGAGGACCCUCCUUGCCAGGCUGGCACAACAGCUCGAGAGAUUCGUAAGAACUUUACUAGCUAUCUAAAGCGCUACAUGAGAUACAAUGACAACAAGAGAAAAGAGAUGACCCCAUUAGAUCACCAUGAGGCCGAUUCUUUGUUGCAUCAACUCCUUUGCACUGUUGAUCUUAAUAAACUGCCAAAAGAUGCCAAGAGAGCAAAUAUAGACUUAAACACACAUGAAGCAGAACAGGUGAAAAAUGCUGUGUUGCGGGCAGUGGGCAUCAUUCUAGGCCGAGUAAUGGCCUUUGAUGACACGUACAAAGGCCGAUUGGAGUUGGUGGGCAGUACACGAGAUGGCUCAAAACUUUUUGCCCCUGAUGAGUUUGAUAUUAACAUUGUCAUUCCAGCAGCUGACCGUGUGAGUGUAUCAAUGCAUCAGGAGCUAGAUGAGUCUGUCAGAUAUCAGGGUCAUGCCCUCAAGAUAACUGUAGAGACAAACAAUCCUCAUCUUCAGGGUAAUCGCCUGAUGGGGGAUCUCUUUGGCGCAGUGAAGGAAGCUCUCACUGACUAUGUUUUGGAUGAUAAGAGGUUGAGUGUGGUGCCACCCAGUUUGACCAGGACACAGGUGGGAGUGGCAUUGGCCUUGGCUUGGCAGGGAAUAGAAUACCCAUUACUGUUAGUGGGUGUAGAUCUGGUACCAGUGUUGGAAGUACCAUGGCCUGAAGUCAUUGUUAAGCCAGAUGCUCUCACCCCUCCACACACUGAUGCCAUGCACAUCAGCAAUACUGCUGAUGGAUCAUGGCGUUGUAGCUUUGCCUUAAUAGAGGCAGAGGUGCUGAGACAACUUUCCCCUGAAGAACGUCAUAUCCAUCUUUCUUGCAAGAUGCUUCUUUACUUCCUGAAGGCUGAGCGCUGGAUGCCACGGGAAAUAAAGUCCUUUUGCACCUGGUGGACUGGACGAUCAUUUAACCUUCCAGUGCCCACAGGAUUCUGUCUUAAGAGUUCCUUCUUUAGGCUGCUGGCAUUUAAGCGCAGUACUGGCACACAGUGGUUUGAGGAGGAUACAAUAUUGUGGAUGGCCCUUGCUUUCAGAACCAUGUGCCAGCAGCUAGCAAACAAAGCUGAUGCAGAUCUUUCUCCAAGAAAGGUCUUUGCUUACUUUGGAGGUGACUGUGAAGGGCCUAAGAUUGGACAUGGAGCACCAAUCAUCACACACUAUCUCUUAAAAAGGGAAUUGAAGAGAGGGCUGACUAUCCCUUCCUUCAUGAGAUACCCCAAGUGCCUGAUGGCCAGCCUUUGGAAGUUCCUUGAACAAUGGAUUCUUUUUUCUUAAUUAAUAUCUGGAAGUGUCGUAUAAACUUGAUGCCUAUAUUUUUUUUCCCACAUAACAGUACUCUUCUUAUUAGAAUAUGUCCAGUCAUAAUCCUCUGAGACUACGUUAAUUGUGCCUUUUAUUUCCUUGUGAUGAUAGCCGUUAUGAAAGUUACGUAAAAUUUAUGGUUCUGUAAUAUUUUCAUUGUUUUUAUGUGUUUAUUUAUUUAUUUAUUUUUUUUAUUUUUUGUAAAUAUUAUGCUUUCUAGUGUAUACACUUGCUGUAUGUAAUGGCAAUGUAAUGACCCAAAGGCACAAGCCCACAACCCGACUCAUGUACAGGGCUGCACCCAUUGCUGGAUUGAGAAUGUGACAGUAUUUCCUGCUUGGGUUCUGCCUACAUGGUGCCUAUCUUUCAAAAGCUCAGAUUUAUUUAAAUUUCCUUAUGAGUUGUUCAGUAUUUCAAUGUACUUAGUACAUGUAGCAAGGGUUGCCCUUCCCACCAGUGGCCAGUAGGGCUAAGAGUGCAAAUUAUGUGCAUGUGGUCCUUUGACCCAUCCUGUGUAGGAUUGCCAGUUGUGUGUGUGUGUGUGUGUGUGUGUGUGUGUGUGUAUAUAUAUAUAUAUAU